CUUUCGAGCCGACCUUUCCCAUUCUUUCAUCUUGUGCCAAGAUGCUUUUCGCCCGAGAACUAGGGAUUGCAGCGGCUUUGGGCUUGUUAGCCCAGGCUGCUCCUGCGCCGAUCGAACGUCGAUCUGUCUCCACUGCCUUGCUGGACAAGAUGGAGCUCUUCUCCCAGUACAGCGCGGCCGCCUAUUGCUCUUCGAACAUCAAUUCGGCGAGCACCGCGCUGUCCUGCUCCACAGACAACUGCCCCUUGGUCGUGUCUGCGGCUCCCACCGUUCUCGACGAGUUCAACGAAACCGCCGAGUUCGGUGAUACAGCCGGCUUCAUUGCUGUCGACGCAACCAACAAGGCCAUCAUUGUCUCCUUCCGUGGCAGCCAUGACCUCUCCAACUGGAUCGCCAACAUAGACUUUGGCCUCACCGACGCCAGCAGCAUCUGCAGUGGCUGUGAAAUCCACAGUGGGUUCUGGAAGGCCUGGGAGACGGUCGCCAGCACCAUCACGGCCAAGAUCGAGGCUGCCCUUACCAGCCACGCGGACUACGAGCUUGUCUUCACCGGCCACAGCCUGGGCGCCGCCCUGGCAGCAGUCGCAGCCACCGUGCUCCGCAACGACGGCUACACAGUUGACCUGUACAACUUCGGCCAACCGCGGAUCGGCAACCUCGCUCUGGCCGACUACAUCACCAACCAGAACAAGGGCAGCAACUACCGGGUCACGCACGAGGACGACAUCGUUCCCAAGCUCCCUCCGAAGUUGCUGGGAUACCACCACUUCAGCCCGGAGUACUGGAUCACCAGCGACAGCGGCGUGACCGUCACUACCUCGGACAUCACUGAGGUGGUGGGCGUGGACUCCAAGUCCGGCAACGACGGGACCCUGCUCGACAGCGUCUCUGCCCACAGAUACUACUUUGGCUACAUCAGCAAGUGUUCGUGAUUGGGCAGUCCCGGUGUCAGAGAGUGCGGUGGCCAGCGGUAAAUAGGUG